UUAAAACCGUGUGUCGGCCGUGCCGAGAGGUUCAUUUUGCGUCGGACAACCGAAACCACCCGUGGUCGAUUUUUCGCACAACGCCGCACCGUGUGUGUGUUUCUUUCCCACCCAACCCUCCAUCACCGCUGGGCCACCUGGAGACACCACCCGGAAUAAAAAGUCGGUUUUAAUCCGAGGUGUCCGUCACGGCAACCGGUUGUCCGUAUGAUCGAAAGUGUCGCAAAACGUCUAAUCAUUAGGUAAACAAGUGCUAGGUUACAGCGCUACCGCUCGCGAUCGCGCUAGGAUAAUAUUUAUUGGCAAGUGUCUGUGUGUGGAAGUGUUUGUGUGUGUGCGCGUACUUUUGAAGGCCGCGCAAAUCGCUCCCUGCCGGCAAAACGGGAAGAACCGCGUGACUGUGUCGGUGUAAGUGCGUGUGCCUGAGUGUGUGUGUGUGUGUGUAUCCUGAACGUCCUGUUUGCAGCGCGGCCUCAAGAUGAAUGUGGAAAUAACGCCCAACUAUUCGUACAUUUUCGACUUUGAGAAUGAGUUCAUCCACCAGGACACCCGCGUCUGGAUGGUGAAGAACUGGACGUACGUGUUCUACUACUGCGGCAUCUACAUGGCGGUCAUCUUUGGCGGCCAGUACUACAUGCAAAACAGGCCAAGAUUCGAGCUGCGAGGGCUGCUAGCAAUAUGGAACACACUACUGGCAAUGUUCAGCAUAAUGGGGGCCUGCCGGACAGCGCCCGAGCUGGUACACGUACUCCGACACUACGGGCUCUUCCACUCCGUUUGCGUUCCUAGCUUUAUUGAACACGACCGUGUCAGUGGUUUCUGGACAUGGUUGUUCGUGCUGUCGAAGCUGCCGGAACUGGGCGACACGGUGUUCAUCGUGCUGCGGAAGCAGCCGCUCAUCUUCCUGCACUGGUACCACCACAUCACGGUGCUGAUGUACUCCUGGUUCUCCUACACCGAGUAUACCGCCUCCGCCCGGUGGUUCAUCGUGAUGAACUACUGCGUCCACUCGGUCAUGUACUCGUACUACGCGCUGCGGGCCCUCAACUUCAAGCCGCCGCGCUCGAUCGCGAUGCUCAUCACGACGCUGCAGCUGACGCAGAUGGUGGUCGGCUGCGCGAUCAACAUCUGGGCGCACGGGUUCCUCCAGACGGCCGGCAAGAACUCGUGCAACAUCUCCGAGAUGAACAUCAAGCUGUCGAUCGCGAUGUACUUCAGCUACUUUGUGCUGUUCGCCCGCUUCUUCUACAAGACCUACCUCUCGACGAACGCGCGCAAGGGCAAGCGCCCGAUCCAGGUGACGGCCUCGUCGACCGCCACCAGCGGCCAGUACAUCGACAGCGGCUCGUCGCUCACCGGCAAGUCGGACGUGCAGUCGCUGCUCGCCGGCGGACAGGCCAACAGCAAGAUUAAGGCACAGUAAAAAGGCCCAACCGGCAAAGCGCGAAGACCCCUUGCGGCUAAACUUCUUUCCAAAGGCGUAGCAAGGGAUAAGGAGGGGUGGUGGGGGGCAGUAGAAGCAGCAGAAGGUGGCAGCAGGUGUCGAUUGCCUAGUGGUUGUGGGUGACAUCGUAGUUCCUUCAUUUCAAUUUCAUUCCUUCUCGAGCUGUGUGCGUUGGAAAAGGAAGGGGUUUUAGAGGGUGAAGCAACAAAUUCCAAAUGGCAAUACAGGCGCGACACACUCAGGAGCCUCAGCCCUCCUACCCCGUACCCCACCCGAAAGCAGCUCAUGGGGAUUAUCCAGCAGCAGCACAGAGAACCGUUUGCUCCACUGUUGCUAAUUGUUUCGGCCACCUUCUGGGUUCUACUGUAGGCCCCUUCCAGCUAUAAUGGUGUGUUACAUGUGUCGCUUAGUCGCUUGAACGUCUUGUCAACCAAAACGGCGAGAGGAAGUUACAACUUUUCCCCAACAAGAACAACAAAAAACGGCCCCAAUAUAUCCCCCCCCCCUACAAGUUGCCACUCUUGGAAGACACAACACCCGAACACGGGGUGUAAGCAAAUAGAGCAAAUACCAAUAGCGCAUUACUUUAGCAUUCCUGAUGGUGGGCCCUCUUCUGUACAUGAUCGAGAGAAAGGAUGGAGAGGGAAGAUGGGCAAUCUGUUUAGGUAGAUGGGGUUAUGUUUUACACAUAGAUACGCUUAGAACAGAAAGAUGGCCCUCCUGUUUGGCGCACGAAAACAACAAAAAAAAACACACACAAAAUUCGACAAUGGGAAGUUAGUGAGAGACACGAUCACUUCCGUCAGACAGAAAGCGACGAAAGAGAAAGAGAGAGAUACUGACGACAAUUCUAAGGACGAACCACAAAAAAAAAAACACACACGGUACUACACGGUGCAUGACUUCAUUUCUACUUACAAAGCAGAAACUGGAAGACAGAGAGAGAAAGAAAGAGCGAACACACUGCGGGGGGAGGGAAAACCGGACAACGGGGGGAGAGUUACAGAACAGAGUUUAGACACAACAAAAAUGAAAAAAAAACAAGAAAAAAAAACAAACAAACUAUUGAUUCGGGACUGACGGGGUUACUUUUUUGUUUUAGUUGUUUAGUGUACACAUCUAAUGGUAGCUAAAACACUCUUCUGUACGCUAUUUUUUGUCUUAUGAUUUGUACAUUAUUAAGUAUGAUAAAUAUGUUUGCGUUUUUUUUUUCUUCUUCUAUUGUUCUUCUUCUUCUCUUCUGUCCUUUCGCCGCCUGUUGUAUCAUUUCGGGAAGCUAAUAAUAUAAUUGUAAUUGUAGUUUUUGUUUUCUUGGGCGGGUCGAAGAGCUUAGUUUGUAAAUGCGAAUGCGUGCGGCGAAUGGGAAGAGGAAGGAAGGAAGGACCUCCGCGAAGAAGUGCAGUGCUGUAGAAAGACACAGACAGACAGACAGGCAGGGCCAGAAAGGCGUUCCAAGCUUUAGGAGUUUCGUUUCCUUCUGCUUUGCUGCUUUAGCCGAGUGUCGUCCGCUCUUGGGAAGGUAAAUACUAUCUAAAGUUACAUAAUAAGAAAAGCACACACACACACGGGGUGCAUAGGGGGGGGGGGGGGGUGUUUAAGCAAAGCAAAGAACAGAUAAAUCGGAAGUGAUUGAACAAAAACAACAAGCGGAUGAAAAACUCCACAAAACCGAACAAAUAGAAAGGAUAACAAAGGGAAAAGUAGAAAUAAAUGAAGGAAUCAUACAGAUGCCCUCGAAAUCGGGAUGAAAUGUUAGGGAAAUUAUAAUUUAAAUGGGCUUUGUGUGUGUGCGCGUGUGUGUGUGUGUGCUGUGUUGUAUAUGAGGAUUAGGAAAGAAGAGGAAGGGGGUUGUAGUGGUAGGUGGGGGAGAGCACGUUAGCUAUACAUUGCUCGCGGGGUAUGUUUAACGUAGUUUAAACAACAAUAUACCACUACUCCACCGGGUGCUCCUAAACAUGUGGGAGAGUUAGAAGAAGAAGAAGACGAAGAAGAAGAGGAGGAGUAGAAAAAGAAGAAGAAGAAAAAGGACGUACGAGGGAAAACAAACGAACAACAGAAACACAUGAAACAUCUGCGCAAAGACUGUUUUCGACUUAUUUAUAAUAGAAAAGAGGAGAGAGAGAGAGAGAGAAAAUAAAUCACUGGAAAACGACAAACGGAGCGUAACAUUGCAACAAACAAACUCUGCAUAUAGAAAUUCGAACAGGAAGUGGAGAAGAACAAGCAGUAGCAGUGGGUGGGAAAAGUAACACAGCAAACAAAACUUAACAGGAAAAAUACAACAAAACAAUUAAAAACAAUGUUAUUAUUUAUGCGUUUAUCUUUUUGGUGGUGGUUUUUAUUUUUUUUUUUCAAACUAAAUAGAUGGACUAAAUAGAUCUUUGAAUAUAAAGAAACCGGCAAAAAGAGAGGAGAUUCUUAGCUCCCCUUUGCCUCCUAGUCAUACCUACACACUACCUACAUCAUCAUUCCGUAAAUUUGAAUUACUGCAAAAAAGCGAUGUAAAAUAUCCAACAUGAGAAAGGAGUAUCACGAGUGAGUGAAACGUUAU